AUGAACAUGGAUCCGAACGAAAGCGAUGGAGAAGAAAACGCCGUCUCUGGGACGCGUCGAGUUCCCGAGCAUAAGCUCUCUUGUGACCAAUGUAGACAAAGAAAGAUCAAAUGCGACCGUGGAGAUCCUUGUGGACCGUGUCAACGAAAGAAUAUUCGUUGUUCGUUCCCCACUGGCUUCAAGCCUCGACCAAAACGUCAGCCGGUCCUAGUAUCCGAUGGCUAUGAGUCCAAAUUGGAUGCCAUUUCGCAAAAGCUUGAUCGCAUAAGCCUCGCUGUCGACAACAUCACUUCUUCCCCUCAGCAUUUACAAGGGGGCUCGUCGGCUGCUCAUACUGCUAUCAGUUCACAGGUUACCCCAAUAUCUCAUGCGAGCUCCCCGUCGUGUAAUGUCAGAACAGGCCCGGAGAAAGGCUCAGAGUUCGAAGGCGAUGUUACUUUGACGACACAGGCUACAUUUGCGACAGAUUUCUUGCAACAAUUCGUUGACAGCAAUCAGUCAUCACGAACGCUUCCAGAGAUAAAGAGUCACUUAGACGCACUGCGGAAGAUCUUGGCGGGCAAGGACGUCACGGUUGACGAGACGCGUCUUGUUGAUACGCAACGAAUAUUGUCUCCUCAAGAACAUGGAGGUUUUCAGCUUCCUCCUGUUAACCUGUCCAUGAUGGCUGUGCAGAGACUGAGGGAGUCUCCCAGAUUACAGCUAUUCUGGCGCGCUGAGUUUCACAGCAUCAGCCAAUUUGUCGAGUAUCUCAUGACAGUUUACUUUGGCAAGCCUACCCUCGCUGACCUCAUACUUACACAUGUUGGUUUGGUGAGCCUAUUGCACGAAUGCGCCAACAUAGAGACUGAACAAGUUCUCAAGAAUGAGUUUGCAUCUCAGGCGGCGGUCUGUCGGCAAAACCUGGAGUCUAUCCUAGCUGGCCUUCCCUUUAACAUGCCCUGCACACCCGAUUACAUACUCGCCCUGUUCAUGGCGUCAUGCUACCAUCUCGAAAAUUGCAGGAUUUCCAUGUCCUGGAAUUGUCUUGCUGCUGCAGUACAAAUGUGCCAGACACUAGGUUUCACCCGGGAGAAUCUUCCAAAGCCAGAGUCAAGAGAGGCAAAGCAACGGAGGGCUAAACUGAUCUUCUACAUCCAUCUUUGCGACAAGAUGCUCGCUUUGAGAUUGAGUCGGCCAGUCCUGAUCCGAGAUGGGGAAAUCACUAUAAUUUUUGAGGCCUUAGAAGCGGAUAGGGAAGAGGGACCUACUCCGAUAAUUGCAAAAUGGGCACGGUUUUGCAGCCUUCAAGGAAGGGUUUAUGAUAUACUCUACAGCCCGGAGUCUUUGCUUCAGCCAGAUGUUGAGAGAGAGACAAAUGCCAGGAGAUUAGCGGCUGAGAUGGAGCAGCUAUUCCUAACAAAGAGCCUGGCAGAAGAACACUUAUUUGAGUCAAUCGGGACUGUCAUCGGCGAGACCCAGAGCGAGGUAUUUCGCAGGACUGAUAAGGUAGCAUACUAUUCCAUGCGCUGUCUGGUCUUCAGAGCAGUGAAACCUGCGUCUCUGAUAUCAUCAGCCUUUUGCGAUGAAUGCUUGGAGGCAGCAAAGAAUGGCCUUGAGCAACACAGGAUUUGUUUGUCAAUGCUCAAGAAUGUCGAAGCCGUCGUCUUUGAGUUUUACAUGCAUUGGGGCCUCAUGGCGGUACCUCUGGUGCCAUUCAUGGUAUUGUUUUGCCAUGCCAUCGAGACUUGCGACCCGACUCACUUGGAGCCGCUCGCUGCAGUGGUCGAAACAGUCGACUUGAUACCCCCAGAUCUUCCAAAUGUAUACAGAAAGCAGCUUCAUCUGUUCAAGCUCAUGUAUGAAGUCGCGUCUGUGGACCCUCAUAGUCAAUGGAAGACUGCGACGAUCCACGCCCCUUCCAUGUCCUCUGCCACGUUGGGUGACAGAACACGGGAAAACGACCUGUCUGAUGAGCCUGAGUACGAGGAUGAAAUCCAUGACUUGGCGCGCAGAUUUACCAGUCAAUCUGCUGCAUCGGGCCACGGGCCAUUGUUUCCCUUGAGCGAUGGCGGUCCUCUUGAUCCGCAAAGCCCCCAUUUCAACUCCAAGAAAUGGGCAAAGGCUUAUCUCAAGACCCGAACAGAAGCUGCUGAUGGCAGUACUCCUCGAACCGCCGGUAUCGCAUUUAAGAAUCUCAAUGCGUACGGCUUUGGCCAGGCGACCGACUUCCAGAAUACUUUGACCAACAUCGUUCUGAAGGCUUCGAGUUUCGCCAGAAAGAUAUUUGGGGAUAAAGGUCAGCGUAUUGAUAUCCUCCGUGGUAUUGACGGGCACGUCGAAGCUGGAGAAAUGCUAUGUGUUCUCGGUCCUCCAGGCUCGGGCUGCUCAACACUACUGCGCAGUAUUGCAGGCGAGACUCACGGCUUCCAUUUUAGCAACGAUACAGUCUUGAACUACCAGGGCAUCCGGCCCGAGCAGAUGAAGAACGCCUACCGAGGUGAAGCCAUCUACACGGCCGAAGUUGAUCACCAUUUCCCUCACCUGACUGUCGGCGAUACUCUUUACUUUGCUGCUCGAUGCCGAUGUCCUCCCAAGGACAAGCUCCCCCACGGUGUCACCGCUCGAGAGUAUGCUAAGCAUCUUCGUGAUGUGAUUAUGGCUAUGUUUGGCAUCUUGCAUACCAAGAAUACGCAAGUUGGCGAUGAUUACGUCCGUGGUAUCAGCGGUGGCGAACGCAAGAGAGUCACAAUAGCUGAGGCUGCGCUCGGAUACUCCCCUCUUCAGUGUUGGGAUAACAGCACACGGGGUCUUGACAGUGCCAACGCUAUUGAGUUCUGUCGCGUUUUACGUACUCAAGCUGAUACUCUUGGUAUCGCAUCUUGCGUUGCAAUUUAUCAAGCACCUCAAACUGCCUAUGAUUUGUUCGACAAGGUUAUCGUCCUGUACGAGGGCCGUCAAAUCUUCUUCGGAAAGACAGACGAAGCCCAAGCGUACUUCGAGAACCUCGGUUUCAUCUGCCCCGAACAACAGACGACAGCCGACUUCCUCACUUCAAUGACGAACCCGGCCGAGAGAGUCAUCCGUCAGGGAGCCAACCCACCUCGAACAUCGGACGAAUUCGCGCGAGCCUGGCAGCAAAGCCAGCACCGAUCGAGGCUUAUCGACGAGAUAGACUACUACAUGGAACAACACCCAUUUGACGGCCCUGAUCUUCUGAAAUUCUCUGAAUCACGGAGACUCGAUCAAGCUGCAGCUCAGAGGGAUCGAUCUCCCUUCAACCUUUCCUAUCUACAGCAGUAUACUAUCAACCUCUGGCGAGGCUUCACUAUGUUGAUCGGAGACCCCAGCAUCACUCUCACGAUGCUUAUCAGCAACCUGUUUGAGGGUCUGAUAAUCUCGAGCAUCUUCUAUAACCUCCCAUUCAACACCACGAGCUUCUUCCGUCGAACUAUUUUGCUAUUCUUCAUCGUCCUAAUCAACGCGUUUGGGAGCAUUCUCGAGAUCAUGACUCUAUAUGCGAAGCGGAAAGUCGUCGAAAAGCAGUCUCGAUACGCUUUCUAUCACCCGAGUGCCGAGGCCCUGUCCGAUGACAACCGAUCUUCCGUACAAAAUCGUCAACUCGAUCCUUCUCAAUUGCACACUAUACUUCAUGUGUAA